AUGAGCACUUGGCAAGAGGCGCAGGACGACCAGGGCCGAGUAUACUUCUACAAUGUGGUGACACACGAGACUUCGUGGGAAAAACCAGCCGAAAGUCUUCCCCUGGGUGUAUGGAAAGCUUAUAAGACUGAAGAUGGAAGAGAAUACUACCAUAAUGAAGCUACCGGAGAGACGACAUGGGAUAAGCCUGAGGGGUUUGAAGAGAAAAAAGAGGAAGAUGUGAAUCGUGAUGAGGAGCUGGUGGACACGAAGCCGAAUCAAGAGACGCUCUCAGAGCGAGACAUCGAGCUCGCAAAGGAAGAGGUAGACACUGGCGACUUGGAAAAGUACAGCGGGGUAUCUGAGGAAGAGGCACACAAAUUGUUCAAUGACAUGUUGGAGCUGGCCAAGGUGGACUCUACGUGGUCCUUCGAGAAGGUGAUUCAGACGUUUGUGAGAAACCCUGCCUAUUGGGCGGUGUCUGAUCCUCUGAAAAGGAAACAGCUCUACGAUGAGUAUUUGGUGAACAAGCUUAAGCUGGAAUCGCUCAAUAAGACUCAGGCGAUAGAGAGGGCAAGGUCCAAUUUCAUCCUGGUCUUGGACAGCUACAAGAAGGAUGGUAAGUUGCAUAGGUACACUCGAUGGAAGUCGCUCAAGAAUACGUUGAUCGAAGAAGACAACCCCAUUUUCAAGCUUUCUGUUCUCAAGGAUAGUCAGUUGAAGAAGAUCUUCACAGAGUACGUUGAUAAUCUCGUGAAGGACAAGGAAUUAAAAUUACAACAGAAGAAAAAUGAGGCACUUACAGAAUUAGAAACGUACUUGAAACAAGUCAUUCUAAAUCAAGAUAUCAAGACGCUAACGUGGGAGAAACUAUACGACCAGCUUCUUAACGAUUCCAGGUUUAAGGCCAAUAAACACUUUGCUAUUUUGAAGAAGCACGAUAUUUUGGAGUUGUACAUGUCGGAGGUGUACCCCAAGGUUAAAGAAAGUAUUAAGGAACAAUUGGUAAAGGCACAGAAGGUGAAUUACAGGGCAGAUCGCAAGGCAAGAGAAGCGUUCAAACAGCUUCUCAUCACGAAGUUGAAGAUCAAUGCUGGCUCGUUAUUCGAAGACCUCCUUCCACAAUUCGAGGACGAAGAUGCCUUCAUUGAAAUUUGCGGUAGAAACGGUUCCACUCCACUUGAGCUUUUUUGGGAUAUUGUUGAUGAGAAAAGUCAGGUUCUCAAAGUCAAGAAGGAUCUCAUCGAGGCUGCUUUACACGACUACAGAGCUGCUAAUCUGGACACCUUUGACUACGAGAAAGUUUUGAGCUCAUUGGCCAGCUUUGUUGAGACAUUGACACAACUCCAAGAUGAUCGACUCAAAGCCUUUGAUUUGGGAGAUACCUCUGACGAAGGCGAGAUUCUGGUGAUUUACAAGCAGCUUGUACGUGAACAGAGUCUCCAGAUGCAAAGGGCCAGAGCCAAGAUUGAAGGCUCUAUUAAUCAAAAUGCACACGACCUUGCCGUAUGGCUAGAUCAGAACUUAGACAAGAUCUCUUUAAUCCUUAUCACGGAUGACGAGAAGAGCGAAAUUACAGAUAAGACAGUCAUACUAAAGAAGGAUAGUACCUACACCGUGAAGUCGCACCCCGAUCAGUUGGAGUCGUGGAUGGAAACACUUCAAGAAGCUCCAAUUUUUAAUAAGAUAUCAAAAACAAGCUCCAAAGUUUACAAGGACACACCUGAGGAAAGAAAUUUCAUACUAAAGAAACUAUUGAAAGAAAGCGUUCACAGCCUUGCCGCGCUACUAAAUGAGAAGCUGAGUAAGAAGCGGCCAGCAACAGAAUACGAAACGAGUGAAGCGAAGAAGGCACGUGCAGAGCCCGAAAAUAGAAGGCCUGUUUUUAUCAAUUACUGA